AUUAUGCAUGUCAAUUACGCGCAGCCGAUCGUUCAUUGAUGAGCGAUCGUGCAGUUGGUCCUUCUUCCUUCUGUUCAAUCAUGUCGAACAAACCUCGAUGUCUAGUUAGAGGUUCAAUCAAUGUCGAUGAAUUCUUCCAUGUUCCUAGUAUAGUACAACCCGGUGAAACGCUUUCCUCCACGCACUACGAACGCCGCUCAGGAGGUAAAGGGGCUAACCAAGCUGUCGCCGUCGCCAAAGGCGGAGGCGACGUUACUCUUGUUGGCGCCGUAGGAUCCGACGGGAAUUGGGUCCUGGACGGCUUGAAGCAAGUUGGCGUCGAUAUAAGCUCCGUCUUCGUUACACAGGAGGAACCUACAGGUCGUGCUAUCAUUCAACUUACACCCCAAGGCGAGAACUGCAUCAUCUUACACCGAGGUGCUAACUACACUCCAAUCUCAGAAGAAGCCGUCCGCUCUGUCCUCUUCACCCACUUACUCCUCCAAAAUGAAAUCCCAUUCGCUUCCACAUUGUCGGCCCUAGCACACGCCCAUCGAUCUGGAGCAACUACACUCUUCAACCCAUCUCCCAUACCGUCCGUCGAGCAACUCCGAAUAUUCCCAUGGUCCCAACUCGACUGGUUGCUUGUAAACCAAGGCGAAGCUCUGAGUCUGCUGAGGGCUUUCAACUCCCAAACAAACGAGUCCUCUCAGAACUCACACAUCUCCAUCGACAUUCCGUCAUCAUGGCCUUCACGCCCAGAAAUUAGGGCGGCAUAUCUACUGUUACAUCGUCUACGUGCUAAUACUGCGUUCUCCCCGAAGGUCAACCUUGUUUGCACCCUGGGUGGACUCGGGGUAUUGGCACUGCUGAACAGUGGCGAAGGUUUGUACGUUCCUGCUGCGAAGCUGAACGGGCCUGUCAAGGACACCACCGGAGCAGGAGAUUGCUUCACGGGAUAUCUGGUAGCUGGCCUGAUGGAGGUCGAAACUGAUGGUCGGAUUGAAAGUCUGGCAAAAGAUGUAGUGGAACGGAUCCUCCGGAGGGCCAUUGAGGCUGCGGGUAUUUGCGUCCAAAGACCGGGCGCUACAGAAAGUAUCCCCUAUCGUACUGAACUCCCCGCCAUAGAGUAGAAAUCUCGUGAGCCGAAAAACCCGACUUCGGCGUGCAUUACGUUAGUACCAGAGCGACGACCAUCACAAUAAUGACAUGCUCACUCGGGAAGUGUUGACCAGGUAUCUAACUCCCACCGUCCUUCAUUGCAACGUCACGACAGUCUCUGGACGGUUUUCUGGACCUGACAACAUCAAUUUGAAAAUUUGAAGGUAAGCAAGCUGAGAAGACAUACCAGUGUCCAAUGCAUUCUUCCGCAGCGCAGCCGGGUAAUCCCUUCAUGCUAGCAUACGAUCGCUCGUAAAUGACAUGCACGUCGAAAUAACUCUCCAUGCCUCGACCGUAGUAGUUUUGAACCUCGGACUUCGCAGUCGAUCAACAUUUGGCACUUGGAGGGGAACUUUUCAGCUCCAUCCCAUAAGACGCCACUACACGCAGGAUGGAAGCCGGCACCAUCCGCUGUCAAGGUGAAGAUAUCUCGAUGACUACCCCGUUGAGCCUACCCUGCAAUGAUCGCCUCUCUUCCUCAGAAGUGCGUGUUUGGGGAAAAGUGAGAUGUUGGAGUGGUGUAUCGCCUGUGGUAGACAGAGUUGUCUCUCGUCUAUUUGCUUCUCGUAGAUUCAUAAGCACUCGUGCACUUAAUGCUGAAUGCAGCACGCGCUGAAGGCU